AUGGAUGUGGUUGUCCGCCUCCACGGCGGCGAGCUCAUCUACUUCAAGCUUGACCUCAACAGCCAGCUCAACAAGUACCAGGAGCAGAAAGAGAUGGGUGCCACCAUCACCAGUCUCUCCCUCUCCACCAUCUCCUUCCAGGCCCUCACCGCCGUCCCCACCUCCAUCUGUAUCACCAAGAUCUUUGACUUGUCAAUCAAUAAAAAUAACGAAACCCUCUUUGUUAACAUCAGUCUAGCUCACGGCAUCCUCCUCCGCACAGUGCUUGACUCCGUCAACAACCAGCUCACCAACACGCGCACCCAGAAGACCAGUGUCAUUGUGCUUUCAUCCCGCACCUGGCUGAACUACACCUUCCAGAACCUGCUGAAUUUCGGCCCGCUUAUCUACGACGCGCUGGACAACAUGCACAGCUUCAGUGCCAAGCUGUGUCCGGAAGGCCUCAUUGGCAUCGUCGGCUCCUCCCUCCAGAUAUUCACGAUCCCCAGACUCAGCGCGAAGGUCAAACAGGACCCCAUGCCCCUCGCGUACACCCCACGCAAAAUUCUGCUCAACCCAGCCACCAAACAUGUCAUCACUGUUGAGUCCAAGCACCGCACCAUGGCCCUCGACGUCCAGGUCGCCCGGUUCGCCCUCCAGAAGGCGCACAAAACAGUUUACAAUAUUUUUGACGAUCCCAUUCUCGCUGCUUGCCUCACGCACGCGAUGGUCAUUGCCGUCCUGCGCGCCCGCGCCCAAUCGAGCUUGUUGCAACCCGCAUGCGCAUCCUCAUCGGCCCCCGGGGCCCGCUCGAGUGUCUCCAGCGUGUUGGCCUUUGUCGUCAAGGCCGGCCUCCUGAGCCUCCGCCUUGGCGCAUCAGCCGCCGCGCCCGUCCUUCUCGCCUUCCCUGGCGUGCUGGACGUCGAGGCAUCCGCCUUUGCUGCCGUCACUGCCCUCUGGAUUGUCGACCAUUGA